UGAUUUUUUUGGAAAAUGAAUUCUGAUCCCCUUUCUGGUCUCAUAAAUUUUGGUGAAGAAGGGGAUUCGAUCGGUGCGCCUACACAACGAAGACGAAGCCGCGCUAACAGUUUCAGAAUUCUAAUCGAAGAUGAACCUAAUCAGGCAGAGAAUGAAAGUAGCGGAAUAAACAUUGACCAGUGGUCUCUUUUAGGUGCAGAAAAUGUUGACGACAUCCAAAAAGAAAAUGUCGACGACUUGAGUAAAGAAAAUGUGGCUGAAUUACAUAAUGUCGAAAUAUAUGAUGACGUAACUAUAUCGUCAUUGGAUACGUACAGUUUACCAAGUAAUGCAGACGACGAUGAUGUAUCAAUAAGUUCGUUGAGCACGAGUAGUUACGACAACAAUUCAAUUUCAUCCAGCUUGACGUCUCUGAAUAGCGACCACCAAAGGCAUACGUUACAAGAUAUUCCUGUGAUAAGGCAUACGACAAUUGUUGCUUCCGAAUCAAACAAUCAUGUGAGGGGGGAUUCGGUGACGAGUGAAUUGGAGACGAGGGUAAAUAUGGAGGGGGUUGUCAUUCCUGGCAAUGGGGCGGGGGAUGAGACGCCGGAAACAGUGACUCUGUUCCAGUCUGAAGUUUGGGAGAUGGAGAGUUACCAGAUCGAAAAUAUGGCCAUCAGUCAUUGUUCUUUCAACACAAGAGCUGCCUCUGGAGACUUUAAAGCAGUAGACGAUGGAUGGAUUCUUUUGGUCAGAAAAAGAACAUCGCUAUACGCAGGGCUAUUCCUGUUUGAUGCACAGUUGGUGUUACACUCAGCAAUUCCUCUGGAGACUCAGACUAUCAUCAACUGUGACGAAGACUUGAUCGGAACUGGACAUCGGAAAGUAACCAUAUGCUAUCACAAUCUGGAAAGUUCGCGGAUUGCGAGUGAGAGUGGCCUUGACUAUGGAUACUCCUCCUCCUCUGCCUGUAAAGCGGAGGUCAUCCUCAGUGACAAGUACAAAGACAUGGAACAGGACUUGUUUACGGCUCUAGAACAAAUUCUGCAAUUAUACUCUGCAAAAACAGCCCCCGAUAUAAUAAUGUCAUCAGACUGGCAUUCAAAAAACCGCAGUUGGGUCGAGCAGUUUACAACCAAAGCUCAAAAUAUUCAAUCAAAAUUGAUCCCACAGUCCCAAAGCGCCAUGAGUGAAAAUUCAGCCCAAGGCCGCUCCGAAACUGACGGUCAAGUGCCUAGCGUGGUGUUGCGGCCCACCAGUCCUGGUUAUGAAUCACAGCCUGGAAGGAGGUUCACGUUUAACGAAACUCCGAGAAGAAAAGAGGAAGGAGCUUUGUUCGCGCCCGAUCUUACACGAAGACCCACUACCAAUUUAGUCUCAUCUCACAGCAGGCCAACUUCUCCAAAUCGCCGCCCCAAAAUCUUCAGAGAGCCUGAAGUGCAAAAAUACGUCGAGUUCAGAAGACUCAAGGUAUUUGUCACAACAUUCAACGUCAACAUGCAAACAUCCGGAGACGAGAACGUGCCUCCAGUAAUGGGACUCCGUCAAGUAGUCAAAGACUGGCUCCAAGUUGACCAAAUGUCCAGAGAUCCCCAGGACAUCAUGGUCAUCUGUCUGCAGGAAUGUGGAGGCCUCAAUAGAGCUAAAAACUUCUUCUCCAGUCAAGACGCAAAGAUCCAAAACGACUGGAAACGUGCAAUCUCAGAAGUCUUGCGGCCUUUGAAACUAGAAUGCUUUAAUGAAAACAACGUCGGAUGUACUUACAUGUUGGUCUACGUUAGUAGCUCAUAUAUUAAAGACGUUUCAUUGCAUCACAAAGCGGACUUGCCUUUGGGAUCCGGAGGCUGGACAGCGAAUAAGGGAGCUACUCUAAUUCAGAUAGGAAUCCAGUCAAGUGCGCAGAUUUUUUCAUUUGUGGGCGUCCAUCUAGCUGCACAUGAUAAUGCCCGGGAAGCGAGGAUGAAACAGAUUGACAGGAUAUGCGACGAGUUUCAAGAUCUACUUUCAAGAAGCAGCUUCGUGUUCUGGAUGGGCGACUUCAACUUCAGGACUGCCACCAGUGACCCUAUCAUCACUGAGUUUGACUUCCUCCUCCUCAAGAACAAAAAGAACGAACAGUUCUCCGACUAUCGAUCCAAGGACGAAUGGAAGCAAUGGAGGCUAGAUCCAGAAGCGGAAAAGAACUUCUUCUACAACAUGAGUGAGUCACACAUCACUUUUGCCCCCUCCUACAAAUUCCAAGCAAAUGAAACAUCCUCAACCGACCUCUCAACGGGCCUGGAGAUCCUGCCAUACGUCACAACACACAGACCUUCGUGGUGUGAUAGAAUAUUCUACUAUGCGAAAGAGGGAUAUAAUUCGGACUCCAGGCCGCUCCAGGUGACCAAGUAUGACUGCGAGUUCAAGUGUGUCCUGUCCGAUCACAAGCCAGUCUUCGCUACCGUCUUAGCAGAGAUUGAGUAUCUAAAUCUGGAGAAGAAGUCGAAGGAAUUGAGGGAGACAGAGAUCCACUUCAACUCCAUCCGACCAGGUGCAGACCUGGACCAGGCACUACACAACAUUCCGAAUGAGGUGGAAUGCUUCAAGAUGCAGAGAACAUACCAGAUAGACAGUCACCUCACUCUCAAAGAUGACGUAAUAGACGUGGUGUUUCUGUUCCGCUGUUCGUGCGGAGACAGCUGCCGCUUCUACGACAUGCAGUUUGGGGCCAAGGACAUCAAGGAGGACAGGGAACUGAUAGAACACGUGAGGACCCACAACUCACCAGUCUCAUUCGUCAAGGUCAACCAACACUACGGCAGAAUCACACGAGGUUGCAAUACGAGUAUUGGUUUCGACCUGCAGAUUACAGAACGAAACAUACACGAGUUGUACAAACUACACAAAAGGCCUUUUGCGAAGCUAGUGUCUGCCUCUAAGAGUGGGACCAAGUUCGAACAGCUACAGAUUGACCUCAUCUUCUGCCAGUAUAGAGUCAACGACCACACCAAGGAAUGGUUCAAAGGUGCUGACAGGUACAUAGCAGUGAAUCUGAAUGUGAAGACAUACAUGCAUGGCCUGUCUCCCACCGCCCUCUGCUUCAUAGAGAAGCCACUCUGCCAAACAACCAUGGCAGAAGUCAGCGAAAUCGUCACACACUCCCAGACUGUGCUGAGACCUGGCAGUGUGAUGGCAAGUGCAGGUGCGGAUAAAAGUAGUGGCAGACUUUCCACCCUCCCCACAUUCCCAGUUCUAGACUGUCCCAAGGAGAUAGUGAAGGCACUGGAUGCAUUAGUGCACUUCAUUGACUCAAUUCAGAAUCAACACCGCAAGAUGAAGUUUGUAACGAGCUUGUUCGUUGGCAAGAAUAUAGACCUGUCCGAACCAGCUCCACCUUCUGCUGCUGCAACCCACCUGGCCCUAGACGUCCCAAUCUACUCGGAUUUCGCCUCAGAUGUAGUGGACGACUCAACAGACACUGACUCUGUAGACGGGGUGAGGGAGGUUGUAGUGGGGUCAAAGGGUGACACUGACCCCAAGAGUCAGGAGUACCUGGACGAGGCCAUAGAUUGGCUGACAGGGGUCACGAAUUACAACAAGUCACCAUACCAAACAGAGCAAGAGAAUGCUAACUUCUUCCUGGGUCUGUCUGCAGCACUGCUACUCUACUUCAAAUCCAUCGAACACUCUCUAUUCGGCAAACGAACACUACCCACCAUUCACGAGCAAACUACGCAUGUACAGCUUCUGGAGAGUGUGAAGGUGGCGCAACACAACAAAUUGUUGAUCGGUUACUUCUUCGCAUUCCUUGCCGAGACAGUAAUGCCUCUUUACUUGCUCCAACUGAACUCGCACAUCUCCCACAAACUCAUCUACUUCACUCGUGCAGAGGCACACUUCAGAGAUGCACUCGACACAUUCAAAACCACCCUCGUAGAAGCCUGUUUCACCCCCUCUGAUAGUAACGAAGAAUACGAUGCUCGAAUGCAGACAGUUGAGGUGCUGCUGAGAAGGCCCUCGACGAUAAAGGGAACCCGCGGCUCUGUUAGACCCCCGCCACUCAUCGACCUUUCGUGACCUUAUAAAUCGGAACUACUCUAUUUUUCUUAAAUAUGCAGUUGAAGUUUGAAAGGAUUGUACAAAUGAAUUUAUCAAAAAAAGUUAGCGAACUAUUUUGAUAGUUCGAUUACUUUUCUUCAAUCUAAAGUAUCAGGAAUAUUAAUCUACGUUUGACAUCUAUUGUUUUUUUUCCGAUGGGCUCCUGAUUUUAGAGGUUCAGAUUUAGUCACAUCGAAAAGAUAUUGUAAAAAGUAUAAUUGACACAUACCAUUUAUAAUGAAAUAUAUCAUGCAAUAUCACUUAUGCAUUUCCAUGGAAAUUACCUCUAAUUGAAAUGUUGUUAACUUC